AUGGCUCUUCGUCAUAUUAUAUGGCUUCCCUUCUUUCCUUGCUUCGACAAGCCACCAUCGCCGCAAUCGGAUUGUGAGCUCACGGAAGCUGAGGUACCGCUUGUUCCCCGAGACAAGCUGAGCGCGAAGCUCGCUGAUGAUCAAGAGAAGAGGGUGAAGAUGAGGGUGAGAGUGAAGAUGACGAAGGAAGAAGCAGGUCGAUUGCUCUCCAAGUGUAACCAGAGCGGGCUCCUGGAGUUCAGGGAUGUUGCUCGAGAACUCACGCGGAUCCCAGUUAGUCGCAUCAGUGUCGAGCCUGCGCCUGCUCGAGAAGUAGAUCAUACAGCUCCUGAAAGUAUCCCUGAGGAAGAUGACAUCAAAAGAUGGUAAACCGUUAAUGCUCCCCAAGAUGCAUC